CUGGCAAGGGCCAACAUUAUUUUUGUUGUGUAGACCGCAGCCCUGUAUGCACCUACCUGUAGGUUUGCUGGGAUAUCAACCUUAAGUGUGGACUUUGAACCAACUUUUCCUUCAAAGCUCGGAGUUUGAGGCUUUCAGUCCAGGACAGAUAUAGGCAGCAAGAAAUUUGGGAAAAACCAGGGCUCCUACCAGGAGAGGCCUGCAGCAUGUCUGGAUCUAUACCGUUCUACCAGAAGCAUCAUCUCCACUAUGACCGUGGCUACCGCAGCAAGGAAACAGAGUCCAAACUGAGCAAGUACCAGACCAGCAGCAGCAGAUAUGCAGCCGGCAGCAGCUCCUCUGCCGCCAGCUUCAGCAGGGGACUUAAAGUGUCUUCAUAUUCUGGGCUGGAGGCAAGCAGACUGAGCCCCGUGCCAAAGAGAGCAAAGCCAACUUACUUGGCUGUGGACAAAGAGAACCAAAUCAUCGGCUAUGUAGUGCCGAUCUUCAGGGGCAGUCAAGAGUUUGCUACUGGGCUUUCGCAUACAGAGGAAGCGAGGGUGAGGGACACGGCCUCGUACAUGGCUGGCAGGGAUUUGUUCACCAGUGGGCUGGAGAUGGAGAGGUCGGAGUUGAUCUCUAGGAGGGAGGCCAUGCGCGGAACAGCCGAACGUAUCUCUCUGAAUAAAAGGAUCCAUGAACACGGGGAACACUUUAAGCGUAUGAACGAAGACAGCCUGAUGCAUCCCCCGGAGUUUGUGAUCAAACCACGCUCCCACACCGUGUGGGAGAAGCAGUGUGUGCGACUGCAUUGCACUGUCACUGGCUGGCCGGACCCAAGGGUCGUCUGGUACAAAAACAAUGUGGCAAUUGACCCCAUGGCCUGCCCUGGCAAGUAUACACUUGAGAGCAGAUACAGCGUGCACUCACUGGAGAUUAACAAAUGUGACUUUGAUGACACAGCGCAGUAUCGUGUCUCUGCCAUGAACGCCAACGGAGAGCUGUCUGCAUUUGCAUCCGUUGUUGUUAAGAGGUUUAAGGGUGAAAUUGACGAGUCCCUGCCAUCACCCAGACGUGGCAGUACUGAAGAUGGCCCGGUGUCCGAGUAUGGCAUCACCUUCAAGACUCACAUUGUUGAUAAGUUCGGUGUAUCAUUUGGAAGAGAGGGGGAGACCAUGAGUCUAGGAUGUACGGUCAUCAUCUACCCUGCUCUGAACCGCUACCAGCCAGAGAUCCAGUGGUACAGAGAUGAUGUUCUGCUGUCUCCCUCUAAAUGGAACCACAUGCACUGGAGCGGAGAUCGAGCCACACUGACGCUGACACACCUCAACAAAGAGGACGAGGGGCUCUACACGCUGCGUGUCACCACCAAGUCUGGAUAUGAAACCUACUCAGCCUACGUCUUUGUCAGAGAUGCCGAUGCGGAGGUUGAAGGCGCUCCAGGUGCCCCUCUGGAUGUGCGCUGUCUGGAUGCCAACAAGGAUUACAUUAUCGCUACAUGGAAGCAGCCAGCUGUCGACGGUGGAGAGUCCAUCCUGGGCUACUUUGUGGACAGAUGUGAGGUUGGAACUAACCACUGGAUCCAGUGUAAUGACACCCCUGUUAAGUUUGCCCGUUUCCCCGUCACCGGCCUGGUGGAGGGACGCUCCUACACCUUCAGAGUGCGUGCUGUCAACAAGAGCGGGAUGAGUCGCCCGUCCAGAGUCUCUGAGCCGGUGGCCGCCAUGGAUCCGGCUGACCGUGCACGCAUGAGAGGUACCUCUGCUCCCUGGACCGGCCAAAUCAUUGUCACAGAGGAGGAGCCUGCAGAGGGCAUCGUUCCUGGCAGACCUCUCGAACUGCAGGUGACAGAAGCUACCAAGAACUAUGUGGUGCUGAGCUGGAAGCCACCUGGAGAGAAAGGCCUUGAGGGUGUCAUGUACUACGUGGAAAAGUGUGUCUCGGGCACAGACAGCUGGCAGAGGGUGAACACAGAGAUCCCAGUCAAGUCUCCUCGUUUCGCGCUGUUCGAUCUCGCCGAGGGGAAAUCCUACAGUUUCCGCGUCCGCUGCUGCAACACUGCAGGCGUCGGAGAGCCGUCUGACCCAACUGAUGCCACCACUGUUGGCGACAAGCUCGAUAUCCCAUCGGCACCAGGAAAAGUCGUCCCUACCAGAAACACGGACACAUCAGUCGUCGUGUCUUGGGAAGCAUCCCAAGGCGCCAAAGAGUUGGUGGGAUAUUACAUCGAGAGUAGUGUUGUAGGAAGCAACGAGUGGAAUCCGUGCAACAACAAGCCCGUGAAAGCUACCAGGUUCAUCUGUCACGGUUUGAUGACGGGAGAGAAGUACGUGUUCAGGGUGAGAGCAGUGAACGCAGCCGGGCUCAGCCAGUUCUCGCCGGAGUCGGAGCCUGUGGAGGUGAAAGCAGCUAUUGGGGGCGGCAUCCCUCAUGGUGUGUUGCCGGAGAUGGGGCCGGGGGGUAACGUGGGCCAACUAACUGAGCACAGGCCACGCUGGACGGGCACGCAUGACACUGUCCAGCUCCCCCCUGACACUAAGCGCAAUAAAGCUCAGACUGACACUGAAGCCAGGGAGGGGGCCGGGGCUCCUCGCUCAGACCUCGCAGGGCCCGACCCUGCGGAGGCUAAAAGAAAGGGGGGCAAGAGAGGCAGCGUGUCCUGGGCCCCUGACCUGGCAAAAGACCUGGUCUCAGAGUCCGUGUCAGACUCAGUUUCUGAUUCACUUACUGACAUAGACACAGCUGCACAGUUAGACCCCGUCCCCGCUGAGGUUCAGGAUCACACAGUCAAUGAGCCUGAGGUCGAACAGACGCGUAAGUUCUCAGUAGAUGCUCCAGCUAAUCGGGGGACAGUGAGGCCCAGGAGGGAUUCUGCAGCCUCCCCUACUCCACCCUUUGGCAUCUCCGUCCUGGAGUGUGUGCGUGACUCCAUGGUGCUGGGCUGGAAGCAGCCGACCUGCAUCGGCGGUGCUGACAUCACAGGAUACUUUGUGGAUUACCGUGAGGUCAUCGAUGGCGUGCCGGGGAAGUGGCACGAGGCCAACAUCAGGGCUGUCAGCGAGAGAGCCUACAGGGUGUCUGACCUGAAGGAGAACAGGAAGUACCAAUUUCAGGUGCGGGCAGCCAACAUGGCGGGUGUCGGCAUCCCAUCACUGCCCAGUGACACUUUCCUGUGUGAGGAGUGGACCAUAGCUGUGCCAGGACCGCCCCACGACCUGCAGAUCAGAGAGGUGCGAAAUGACUCCCUGGUGUUGCUAUGGAAACCACCUGUGUACCAGGGCCGCGACCCCGUCAACGGGUUCUACAUCGACAUCAAGGAGGCUGAGGCGCCACUGGAAGCGUGGAGAGGAGUCAACACUCAAGCUACGGAGAAGGCGUACAUUAAGAUCAAGAACCUGAAGGAGGCGGAGGUGUACGUGUUCAGAGUGCGCGCUCAGAAUAAAGCAGGCGUUGGAAAUGUGUCAGACGUGACAGAGCCCGUCUCAGCUGUGACCAAACCAGGAACAAAGGAGAUCGUUGUGGACGUCAAUGACGACGGUAUCAUCUCCCUGAACUUCGAAUGCGGCGACAUGACCCCCGACUCCAAAUUUGUCUGGUCCAAGAACUACGAGGAGCUUACAGACCCCUCCCGCAUGACCGUGGAGACCAAGGGGAACAAGUCCAAAGCUGUUUUCAACACUCCCGGAGAGGAAGACAUCGGCAUUUACUCAUGUCUGGUCACUCACACUGACGGUGCUUCAUCCAGCUACACUCUCUCUCAGGAAGAGUUAAAGAGGCUCCUGGCGAUCAGUCAUGACCACAAAUUCCCCAUAAUCCCGCUGAAGUCAGAGUUGGCCGUGGAGCUGCUGGAGAAGGGGAGAGUUCGCUUCUGGCUGCAGGCCGAGAAGAUCUCAGCCAAUGGAAAAGUGGAUUACAUCUUCAAUGACAACGCUCUCUCUCAGGGCGAGAAAUACAAGAUGAACUUUGAUAAGAACACCGGUGUGAUCGAGAUGACCAUGGACUCUCUGACCCCGGCAGACGAGGGCACCUUCACCUUCCAGCUGCAGGACGGGAAAGCUACAAACCAGUCCAGCCUGGUACUGAUAGGAGACGUGUUCAAGGAGCUUCAGAAGGAGUCUGAGUUCCAGAGGAAAGAAUGGUUCAGAAAACAAGGUCCCCACUUCAUCGAGUAUUUGGGUUACGAGGUGACGCCAGAGUGCUGCGUUGUGCUGAAAUGCAAGGUGGGCAACAUGAAGAAGGACACCUCGGCGCUGUGGUACAAAGACGGCCGUGAGAUCAAAGCUGACGAGAACCUGGGCUUCACUGAGGGAGUGCUCAAACUGGAAAUAGCUCAGAUUUCUAAGAAGGACUCCGGUUUGUACGAGGUCGUUCUGAAGGACGACAGAGGGAAAGACACGUCCACUUUGAAUUUGACUGAUCAAGGUUUCAAAGACUUGAUGAAUGAAGUUUUCAGUUUUAUCGCCAAUUCCUCCACUCCGCUGAAGAUCACAAGCACAGAUCAAGGCAUCCGACUUUACACCUUCGUCAGCUACUACAAUGAUUUACUGCAAGUAACAUGGCACUACAAGGAUUCAGCCAUCGCCUUCUCCGACCGUAUAAAGAGCGGAGUGGUGGGGGAGCAGCUGUGGCUGCAGAUCACAGAGCCCACAGAGAAAGACAUGGGCAAAUACGCCAUCGAGUUCAAUGAUGGAAAAGGUGGCCUGAGGAGGACCGUUGAGCUGUCUGGUCAAGCGUUCGACGAUGCUUUUGCAGAAUUCCAGAGACUCAAAGCUGCUGCUAUUGCAGAAAGAAGUCGUGCUCGAGUAGCAGGAGGUCUGCCUGAUGUGGUCACUAUUCAGGAUGGCAAGGCCCUCAAUCUCACCUGUAACAUUUCUGGCGACCCCAUGCCAGAGGUCACCUGGCUGAAGAACGACAGAGAGAUCACGUCCGAUGAUCACAUCAUCCUUAAGUUUGCGUCCGGCAAGUUUGCAAGUUUCACCAUCACUGCCGUGAACACGUCAGACUCUGGCAAGUACAGCAUCCUGGUGAAGAACAAGUACGGCACAGAGAGCGGGGACUUCACCCUGGAGAUCAUCGAGGGAACACCUGACUUGGGGGUGACUUCUUAUAUGACUGAUGCAGAAGGGAAUGUGGUGUUCGGCCAGAAUACCCCGAAGGAAAAGAUGAAAACCCCGGGCACUGGAACCAAAACGCAGAAGCGAAAGGAAUCUGUGACAAAAAUCCUUCCAAUGGAAGACGUCACAGCCAGCGGGGAGCCUGACGCGCAGAAAGACGAGGAGGUUGCAGUGGUCGCUUCAGGAGAAGCCAAAGCUACAGAUUCAGAGCAAACAGGAGACGCAGAAGGAGUCGCUGACCAGCGUUUGGCAGCUGACCAAUCAGAUGCCCCUGAGCAGCCUGAAGCCACGGUGGAGGAGCCUGAACCCGGAGCUGAAACAGCCUGAAAACACUGAAACUAUUGUUGAAAAGUUUUAAGUACUCACAUAUCUUUUACAAGCUUGGUGUGGAGUUUUUUGUCUGAUUGCUGUGAUUCCAGUUACAUUAACUUAGCGUGCAUUGUACUCCUUCAUGUUAACAAUAUGCCCCUUUUUUUGUCUAAUAUGUAUCUGAUGGGACAUCGUUUUAUUGUCAUGUACUCAACACUUCACAGAACAAUUAUUUAAUGUUGUUUUCCUGCAUUCUUCUUACUUUGCUAUUUUCAUUAUUACUGCCUUUGAGUAAAUAUGGGACAUACACAACAGCAAAUAAAUGGACUUGGAAUUGA